ACUCUUAUGUUUUACACUCCUGUUGGAGGUUGGUUGAUGUGUUGUAACAGUAAAAAGGUCAUUAUUUUGCUGUGAUUUUAUUUUGAACUACAAUUCCCUGCACCAACAAGACAACUGCAUCGGAUCAACAUUUCCAAAAAACACAUCUUGAACUCAGGAGCGCAUAUCACUGUUAGCCUGAAGCCAGUGUGGUGGAAAAUAAUGAACUGUUAUCAGGAGUUGUAAAAAAAAAAAAACAAUCAGGUUUGUGAAGCAUUGAUUUGGAUUAAUGUAUUUGGUUAAUGUGUGGAAACUUUUAUAAAUUGGUUUAAAGGAAAAAGCUUUGGACAUCAUCUGUCGUGAUGAAGAACAAAUCAAGCAUCGGCAAUGUGAUUUGAACCAAUGUGUGUCGUUUUUUCGGCACACGCCUCAAAGCUUCAGAUUAAAGGAAAUUAAAAUAUUUUCCUGAAAUUCAUCACCAACAACGAGGAUAUUUAACUAAGAGCAAAGUUAAACUGCUGAAAGAGGUGAAGCAGAAGCCUUCCUGAAGAAUCUCCAGAACACGCAGAAAUUGUUUGCUACAUUUAAAAGACAAAUGAAGCCAAGUCCCGACAUGGAGAAACAUCAGCACUCUGUCAAGAGUUUUACUAAACAGAGUAAUCUCAAAAGUCACCAGCGCAUUCACACAGGAGAGAAACCGUAUCACUGCUCAGACUGUAGGAAGAGUUUUAUUACACAGAGUAAACUUAAAAUACAUCAGCGCAUUCACACAGGAGAGAAACCUUAUUACUGCUCAGACUGUGGGAAGAGCUUUAAUCGACUGGAGACUGUCAAACGGCAUCAGCGCAUUCACACAGGAGAGAAACCGCAUCACUGCUCGGACUGUGGGAAGAGUUUUAAUCAUCACAGUCAUCUCAAAAAACACCAACGCAUUCACACAGGAGAGAAACCAUAUCACUGCUCAGACUGUGGGAAGAGUUUUAAUCAUCACAGUCAUCUCAAAAAACAUCAGCGCAUUCACACAGGAGAGAAACCUUAUUACUGCUCAGACUGUGGGAAGAGCUUUAAUCAACUGGAGACUGUCAAACGGCAUCAGCGCAUUCACACAGGAGAGAAACCGCAUCACUGCUCGGACUGUGGGAAGAGUUUUACUGAACAGAGUGCUCUCAAAAUACACCAGCGCAUUCACACAGGAGAGAAACCGUAUUACUGCUCAGACUGUGGGAAGAGUUUUACUACACAGAGUGAUCUCAAAAAACACCAGCGCAUUCACACAGGAGAGAAACCGUAUCACUGCUCAGACUGUGGGAAGAGUUUUAAUCAACAGAGUAAUCUCAAAAGUCACCAGCGCAUUCACACUGGAGUAAAACCAUAUCACUGCUCAGACUGUGGGAAGAGUUUUACUACACAGAGUGAUCUAAAAAAACACCAGCGCAUUCACACAGGAGAGAAAAAUGUCCCAAAUUUGUCCCAUGGCAAUUAAAAGCGCAAAUCAUAAAUUCCACCAGAAACAAAUAUGAACUGUAUUUAACAAUGGAUUUUACAGGUUCAGCAAAACUAUUCUUAUCCAGGGAUGAUGUGUAUAGAAUUCCAUGUUAUGUUUGUAUGUCUUGUAAGUUUGAAUAUUCCAGGACAUUCUUUGUGAGACAGAGCUCAGUUUUUAGGUUAGUUUCUGUUGCGCAGUAAGGUUACAGGCUCAUUCACUCCCUCUGCUGGUGUUCUUGUUUGUCUAUGGUUCAGUCCAAUUAAAAAUCUGUUACUAUAGAGGGAUAUAGAGGGAUAUUUGGUUGUUGUAUUACUCAAGUUUUAUACUCUCUUAUCUUUUCCUUAUUGAAUAUUAAAUGUUGCUUAUGGUUUUUUUAAUCUCCAAAGUUACUAAGAAUAUCCAAAUAAUGUAGUUUCUUAAUUGUUUUUAUCCAGUACAAACUAUUAUCUUUGUAUUACUUCACCUCUAUAUUUACCCAUGUGUGUUUUAAUAAACGGCUUUUAUAUUGCA